AGUCUCCCGAUUCGCAUCUCCCUGCACACACGCGCGGUAUAACGCAAAGCAAAGCGCACGGUUCCGCCUGCCUGCCGCCCGCCUCCCGCGCUCGUACCGCUCACCGCUAUGACCCAGAGUGCGGAUUUAUAAAGACCCAAACCGACUGUCCAACGCUCAUGGGGUGCACCGGGCUGCUGGCGUGGAGCUCUGCCGCUUGAGAGGAGCACGGUACGGGGCAGGACACGCGUGGAUUUAUGGUGCAAGGCGAGCGGAGGAGCGCGGCUAGCACAGGGACAGCGGUGGAAGUGGAGCCCGGGAGGAGGAUGCAGGGGACGGCGGUGUUUGUGCUCACGGCCGCGCUGUGCCUGGUCACAAGUGCCCACGCCUCCAAGUCGGACAUCAUCAAAUCAGGCAGCCCCAAAUCCACGUUAAAGCACAUAUGGACAGAAAGCAGCAAAGACCUGUCGAUCAGCCGGUUACUCUCCCAAACUCUCCACGGCAAGGAGAACAACACCGCUUUGGACCUCCGCUACGACACUCCCGAACCCUACUCCGAGCAGGACCUUUGGGAAUGGCUGCGGAACACCACGGACCUCCAGGACUCACGACCACGGGCCAAACGGCGGCCGAUGGUCAAGACCGGAAAGUUCAAGAAAAUGUUCGGAUGGGGCGAUUUCCAUUCCAACAUCAAAACCGUCAAACUCAACCUUCUUAUCACCGGGAAAAUCGUCGAUCACGGAAACGGAACUUUUAGCGUCUACUUUCGACACAACUCCACGGGUCAAGGCAACGUUUCGGUUAGCUUGGUGCCCCCUACCAAGAUUGUCGAGUUCGAUGUAGCGGCGCAACAGUCGGUGAUUGACGCAAAGGAUUCCAAGUCGUUCAACUGUCGCAUCGAGUACGAGAAGGUGGAAAAGGGAGCGAAGAAUACGCUUUGCAACUUUGAUCCCUCCAAGACGUGCUACCAGGAGCAGACCCAGAGCCAUGUUUCUUGGCUAUGUUCAAAGCCUUUCAAGGUGAUCUGCAUCUUCAUAUCGUUCUAUAGCACUGACUACAAACUGGUUCAGAAGGUGUGCCCGGACUACAACUACCACAGUGACACUCCGUACUUCCCCUCUGGCUGACAACACUGCAGACUGACCAAUCACUUGUGGAAAGGUGGAGGGGCUUCUACUCAGAGAAAUGUUAAUUGUACCAUCAAUGUUCUUUCAAAUGAUUACCCAAUUUCAGCUCCAUAAUUAGGGAUGCUUCGAUUUAGCUUUUUCAUUGCUGAUAUUAUGGCUAUUGAUAUCGACUGAUACCAGGGACCAGAGACUGAUUACAGCAUUGAUUUCCUUUAAACUGAAAUAAAAUAAGACAAAACUGAUCCAUUUGUGUUAUGUAGCUGUUCUGUAUCUCUUAAGUAACUACAGGACGAAUUUAAAUAACCAAAAAUUCAAACAUCAUGAGACUUUCUACGCCAACUAUGGUCAUUUAUACGCCCAAGUAGGAUACCGACUGAAGCGAUAUCUGGAAGUAUCAGCAUCGAUAUCCAAUACCAGUAUCGGAUCGGUGCAUCCCUAACCAUAAUGAAACACCUAGAUGAUUUGUUUUUAGACAGUUGAGCGAUUAUUUUAGUGAACCUCUAUCUUAGUGUAGUUAGCAGGAUUUCGAUUUUUUUUAUUCCUGAAAGACAAUGUCAUUUUAAGGCACUGUUUUAUGUUCUGGAUAACCCAAAAUUAGAAUUAGAUUUUGCAAGAAUUGUUAUCGUGGACCCGCUUCAACUCGAUGUAGUCUCAUGUUUUAGUUGUGAUCUGGACCUAUUGUAUUGAUUUACUGUCAUUUCAUUUUACAUGCUUGUUGAUGUCAUACAUGUAUUUGUUCUCUUGUUUCGCCCUUUCAAUGGAUUCAGAAAGAAUAAGGUAGCAUAAAAUUGCGUGUUUUUUUUUUUUCAGUUAUUUAUUACAAUUUCUACAGGUUUAAAAUCUGGCAUUGUUGGCAAAAUUUGAUGUAACAUUUUUUUAGGUUAGGUCUUUUUAUUAUUUGGGUGUUAGUGUCAAAUGUGAACCACAAGAAUAUCUGAUCACUGACCUUUCUUUUUUUUCCCUCAAAAUUUCAAAUUAAUUCAAUGAAGGGAAAAAAGCAUAUUUUUUGUGCGUUUUUUUUUUUUUUUUUUCCUUAGACACAUUUACUAGUGUGGCUAGCUAGGUUAUUUGUUAUUAUUUGACAUUUUCGUAGAUAUUAUAUUUACUUUUCUCCGUUUUCCUAAUACAACUGUGCAUUAUCCCCUGGACAAAAUGGAUUGUCUGCCCCAGCUGUGCUUUGGAGUUUUCCUUCAAAACUGGAAAUAUAGUGAAAAACUAUUCAAUGAAAAAAAAAACUUUAAAAAAAACAAACUAAAAAACUUGCAAGGCAGCUGAAGAGGCACGGCUGAGCAUUCAAAGAUCCUGGUGUGUGAUGCUUUUAGGUUGGGAGUAGAUACGUACCUUGGACAACUCGAGCGGACUUCCUCUCCGGACAGGAUGUGGUUGCUUCAUUCUGGGCUAACUGUGGUCCAUGGGGAAAGGGGCUUGCUCAUUGUCACUUAAUAUAUCAAAUGUAAUGUAUUGAAUUAUAUCCUAGAGCCUAAUUUGUAUGAAUGGUUUGUAUUGUACAUAGUUGAAUCCUGCGCUGCUUCUGUACAUUCCCCCAUGAGCUGUGUCCCCCUCUCACUCCAUUUAUGCUCGUUCUUGGUUCUUGGAACAAAGUAAAUGAUGUUUCUGCCCUAGAUGUGACUCAUGAAAACAGAACUCCUGUACAGAAGCUGUAAAACCCACUAAAUAUAUGAAAAGUAUUCGCUAAAGUUUUCUUUAUUGGGGGAGGUACAGGGCUGGAGAUGUACAUAGAAAUUAAAGAUUACAGUAAAUUUU